AAGUGAUAAGCACGAACUAAAAUAGUAAGAUCACGAUUCACGAUUUAAGCAUCGGAUAUUCGUAUUUAAGAAAUUAUACUGGCCAUGACUCAUGAGUAAACGUUUUUACUUUGGCAUGAUAAAAGUAUUUAGAUGCAGAAUAAAUAAUUACUCAAAAAUCAAAAAUCAAAAUCUUACAUAGCUGAAAUAACCAGCUAUAUUUCCCAUUAUGUCGUUGAAUUUGCAGUCACACACUAUCAGCCAAAGAAAAAGUUUAAAGUUAAAAGGUACAAAAACUUCAGUGACCAAAAAUCAACUUUUGAUUUCUACUGGGAUAGUAUCGCUGGAUGCUGUUUUAGAUGGUGGUAUUCCAAUAGGCACUGUGGCUCUUAUUGAAGAUGAAAGUCAUGGCCGAAAUGCAGAUUUGGUUACAAAACAUUUUAUAGCUGAAGGAGUUGUAUGCGAUCAUUCUAUUAUAAUUGCGGAUAUCGAAAAGAAACCAGAAGCAAUUGCAAAUGAUUUACCAAAACCAAUUCAAGAAGAGAGUUUUCAACCAACUGAUAGUAUUGCUGAGGAUUUUAAAAUAGCUUGGCGCUACAGGCAAAAUCCUAUACAAGACUCUAAACCACACCAUACUUCAAUAUCUUUUGGACAUACAUUUGAUAUUUCAGCUAAAAUUCCUGUGGAUGAAUUACAAAACGUUGGGUAUUGGCCAAACGAAGAAUCAGAAAGUCUCAGUUACUACAAUCUACUAAAAAACUUAAAUACAAUUAUAACUUCUGGCGGUUUUAGUACAAAAUUUCCUGUUGAAAAAAGACGUGCAUUAAGAAUAACCAUUAGUAAUUUGCAUUCACCACUUUGGGAUACCGAAGGUAUGGAUGUGGUUACAUUUUUGUACAAGCUUCGAAUUCUUGUGCGUUCUUCUUAUGCUACUUGUCUUGUAACAUAUCAAGGAGCUCAUAUAUUUGAUGAUAUGGUUAAAUGUCGAAUGGAACAUUUUGUGGAUACAGUACUAAUUUUUAAACCAAUAGAACUAAGUUCAUGUGUGGACUAUAAUGGGAAGCUUAUUAUUGGCAAACUAGCGUCAUUUAACACAUUUUUAUAUGAACCUCUAUCUGUAGAUUGGGCUACUAAACUCACAAGAAAAAGACUAUGCAUUGAGAAAUUACAUCUUCCUCCAUGCUUGAACAAUGGCGAUGAUAAUGAAAAUGCUCAUACUAAGCAAUUGGCAUGCUCUUCAACAACUUCUGUGUUAAAUUUUUAAUUUACUUAACCUAACAGAAUUUAAAAUUGUUAUAGCUAAAGAAAUAAAUAUUUUUUUGUACAUUUA